AGCUCAAAUAAUUUACAAGAUUUUACUACUGUAUUGAACAAACUUAUGGAUUCAACAAAGAUAAUUUUUAUUCUGUUCGUGAUUGGCUCCACAUUAUGUCUUACCAGUACUGACUCAGUUAGCUCUGGCCUACGAAAGUGCGUAGAGCAGCCUAGAGAUUUGUUUCUUGUGGUCGACGACUCAGCAAGUAUUGGUCGCAAAUCUUUCAAAAAGAUACGAAACUUUUUAACGAAAUUGGUGUCGUCAGUUAACAUAGCUCGUCAUAUGACGCGUAUUGGCUUGUUGCAGUUCAGUGAUGAAACGAACACGAAGAUUCGAUUUAACCUUGAUAAUAAUCUAACGUCUCAGGAGACAAUAAGAAAAUUUGAAAAUCUGGCUUGGUUUGGUGGGAGAAAGACGUUAACACACCUUGCUCUCAAAAUGGUUGCAGACCAGGUAUACACAAAGACUCGUGGAGAUCGACCAAACGUUCCCGAUAUUGCUGUUGUUUUUACUGAUGGCAAUUCUCACUUUCCUCGGAAAACGAAAGAACAAGCUCAGCGACUUAAGAAUAUGGGAGUUCGUAUGAUAGCAAUUGGUGCUGGUAGAAAUCUAAAGACUGUACAAAAGAAAUUACGAGAAGAGUUGUUAAACAUUGCAUCCAGCCCAGACGACAUGAUGAUGGUAGAUUUUGCUAGUCUAGAAGACAUCGUUUCUGACAUCGUCAGCAGAGUUUGUCGUGUUAUAACGACAGUUGCCCCUACAACUACUACUCCACCCAAAGGGUUAUUCGAUCCUCAUGUUUUAAAUAAAUGCAUUGAAAAUGAAGGCAAGGACAUUUUAUUUCUUGUGGAUGGUACAGUAAACGAGCGUAUGCAUCACAAAGGCUCCCAAAAAGAAUUCAAGAAAGUGAAACGUUUCAUAAAAUCGUUCGUACGUGGAUUGAACGAUGCACGAUUUAGAGUUGGUGUCAUGCAAUAUUCACAUGUUAACACUGCAAAAAUGAACAUUGAUUUUAUGAGUCCUUUGAAUAAAAGAGAAUUUAAAUUACGUCUCGCUACCAUGAUACAGCAAGGAGGGUAUGAAAGAUAUACCGGAGAUGCUCUCGUUCAUGCCAAUAAGAAGUUUUAUGAUUUUGACUCAAUGAAACGAAGGGAAAAAAGUCCAAACGUGAUAAUCUUAAUAACACGUGGUAUUGCCAAAGAUAAGCAUCAGUCGAUAAGUGAAGCAGGGAUGUUAGACUCAAGAAAAAUUCGUUUGAUUUCCGUUGGAGUUCACUCAAGUUCUUCUGCAAUUUAUCUUUCUGAUUAUUUGCAUAAAUUGGUAUCGGAGGAAUUUUUAUUUAUUUUUCCUUACAAUACUCUCAAAAAGAAUCGUGUAUCCAUAUUCAAUGCAAUGUGUAUGAAAGUGGAGUAUGCUCCGCGACCAGGGUUGCCUGCUGAAAGUGCAAAAUGCUCACGUGGUCCUCAAGAUAUAUUUUUUGUCAUCGAUGGCUCAGCAAGCAUAAAAUAUUUUAAUUUUGAAAAAGUUCAAAUCUUCCUGAUGGAUCUUGUAUCACUUCUCGUUACGGAGUCGUCGCAAAUUAAUACAGGUCUUAUGCAGUUCAGCCAGAAAGAAGUUACAAAUGUUGUAUGGAACCUAGGGCGUUAUUCUGAAUAUGAAACUAUUAUGAAUAUACGUAACAUGAAGUAUCAAGCUGGGACAAAGACGUAUACUGGUGAUGCACUGGCUCGUGUCAACGAGAAGGUAUUUACAAAAACCCAUGGUGAUAGACCAGAUGUUCCAGACAUACUAAUUCUCUUUACUGAUGGUAACGCCCAUGAUAAAAAGUUAGCUCAAGCACAAGCUGAUUUCCUGAAAAGGAAAGGUGUUCUCGUGAUAACAAUUGGAGCUGGAAGUAAAAGUUCUUUACGCAUCUUCAGACAAGAGUUAACUAAAAUCUCAUCUGGUCCUGAAUAUUCACUUUUGGUCGACUUUGAAAAUAUUCAAUACUUUGCAGAGAAGGUUUUCCCAAUUGUCUGCGAUUAUAUGAAAAAGAAAAAACUUUAAUUCCAUUGAAAUCAUUGUAAAAUAUCCUGUAAAAUUAGACUAUUUAAAGAAUAUAUGAUGGCUUAGAGCCGGCUAAAUAAUCGGAUGGUUGCAAAAGAGGUGCAUCUUCGUCCUAAAAAUUUUAUCCCCAAAACUUGGCGGCAUGGACGUCUUUCAAUAUAUUUAUAAAUAUGAAAAGUUUGUGCAAAGACAAAUGAGACUCACAGCGAGAUUAAUAUUUAUUAAAUUUAUAACUUGUAAUCAAAUUAAUGUUGAUGGUUUUAACGCGUUAGUCAAUAAAAUACCCAGUAACGUGGCCAGGCAGGAGA